UUGUGUGCUUGCUUCCCCUACUACGUUGCUCUGGUGCUGGUCGGCCCGAGUUUGCAUCACUGUUGGGAACCAUUUUUACAUGUUAUAUAGCUCAAUGAGUUAUGUAUAGUGUAACUUGAUAAGACAAGUACAGUAUUGGAUGUGACACAUAUCAUAUGAUAUAUAUUGUAUAUAAAUACGUACGUUGAGAUCACUACUCAUAUCACAUUAUGUUGGAAAAACCGUCUGGUCUGGAUAACCAAUUAUCCAAAGAGGAUUAUUUAAUAAUGAGAGCUAAAGAAGCAUUGCCAGUUGACAUAUAUGCUGCUAAAUCAUGGCUAAUUUCUGCAAGAUCUUUAUUUCCACAUAGUGCAAAAGUGCAGUUUGAAGCAUAUCGUAUUGAGAAGUUGUCAAAAAAUGUCAAAGAAGCAGCAAAAUGCUUUAGUGAAAUAUUCCAAAAUUUUCCGGAUGAUCGUGAUAUAUGGAAAGAAAUAGAAAUGGUAACAGCGUGUCUGCGCUUAGAACAGUGUGAUAGUGAAGCAGAAUUUUUGUGUCAAAUGUUUCAACAGAUCCCACAAGAUCUACAACACAGAUUACUCGUAAUGACAGCUGAUCAUAGUGAAGACACAAUGGAGCAUUGCAAAUUAUUGCUUUUAUUACUACAAAGAUUUCCUCAAACUAUAGCAACUCAUGGUCCACGUUUGGUAGAAACUCUCUUGACUGCAGAAAAACACAGUCAUCCAGGCCGAGCUGUGAAUGGUUUCAGAAGAUUAUUGGCAUGUGAUGCAUUGCCAUUACUCGGUGCUGCUCCAGUAGAAUUGAAUCCUCGUCUUAGCUUACGCUUACUCUGUAAAGCUGUAGAAUUCUACAUAGCAUAUAUACUACAGCCUCAAGAUGCACAAAUUCAUAAUCCUUGGGACAGACUUUUCCAAAUUGUGGAGUUAAUAGGCAAGAAAUUAGGAUGGGAAUUGAGUAGUUUAUUUUCUAUGCCUUGGGAUCGUGAAAUUUACAGUGACAGGCUUCAACAGUAUACUAUUGCACAUAGUGCUGGUUUGUGCGAUGAGAUCAUAGUCAGGCAAUUACUAAUGUGUACAAUUGUAGUAUUAUUGAGGAUAUUGAACGAGCAUGCCACUCUUAUUAACAACGAUGAGACCAUGCAUUGUCUUGUAGAAGCCUUUGGAGAAGGAAUGCAUUCUUCUGCAGAACCCAAAUUGAAAAAACGGAAACGAGAGGACAAUGUUGGAAUAAUAGUAACUAGUGACAGCGACUAUAAUGGCAGUGGUCUAGCAUUGGCAGUAAAGUUAUGGGAUUUAUUACAUAGCAAUGAUUAUCUCCAAAGAGAAGUAGGCAAACUGAGUCAACAAUUGCGGCUAGAUAGUUGGUUGAAUCCGUUUUUAGCAGAUUUUGCAAUGUACAAAGGUUUAUAUCAGGGAGUAUUAACCAGAUUGUCACAAGAAAGCAGUAAUUUAUCUGUUAAUCUUCGUUUGGCCAGUGCAUGUUUCUUUUUAAAAGAUUAUAAGGGAAUGUUGGAACAUAUUACUUUAGUGGCAAGCUCGUUACCCGCUGUAGCAGGCAAAGUAUCUCAUAAAUUAACGGCUUCAAGUAUGAGGCACUUGCAUUAUUUGACUCUCGCCCGUUUCCCCAUUUUACAAUACUGUUGCAGAUUGCUUCUUUUAGCUAUAAAGGAAAAUUUUUCUUUACCUGGAAGUGUCGGAGAUCUGGCCAUUGGGCAUGCAUUGGUUCUAAUACAGAUAGAUUGGCCACAAGAAGCUAGUAUUUUAACUACAAUUACGGAGCGAAUUCUUAAUCGUGGGAAUUUCGCUUAUCCAUUAUUCCAAUCCUAUGUAAUAUGCGUAGAUAUUUUAGAAGAAUUAACGUAUUUAUGGACUGAACAUGGCGGAGGCGUGUCGCUAGACUUUACAGGUUCGGGAGUUUUGCAGAAUCGUCGUAUCACUACCCGAGGUGCUGAUAAAGGUGUGCGUGAGGAAGUGAAGCUAACCAUGCGUCGACAAGCCGCACGGGACGGUAUCGAUCCUUUAGACGAAUUAUUACAAAAGUUUAUUGUCAAUGAAAAAACCGCUAUUUUGCAUGGUUUAAUUAUUCUAUAAUAUUCACCUUAGACUAUUAUCAUAAUCCGUACAUAAUGGGAAUUUUUAUAUGAAAUUUUUUUAAAUUCUGCACAUCCAUAAUUCGCUUCUGAAUUUUAUUUAGCAGCAUAUGACAUUUUGGAAGUUAUUUAUGAAGAUUUUAUAAAAUAAUGUAUAGAUUUAUAAAAUUUAUAAAUAAAAGAACGUAUCACUUUUA